CAUCCAGCGGUGACCUGGAGGUUGGCGGGAUUGGAGGGCAUGAUUUGCCUGGUGUGAUCUACGAGCAUGGAAAUGGGGACGCUGAGAUCGGGAAGGGAGGACUGAGGCAGGUGUGUUUGACUCAGACGUGGGAGAUUGCGGUGAGUGAUUGAUAUUUUCUGGUGAAAAUCGGUCAGGAAGAUGAUGAUGAAUUGCCGUGAUGUUGUGACCAGUCUAUUAGCUUGGCGUAUGGCCUAGAAAUUGGGAGUGGGUGUACGCCUAGUGCGGUACCUACGCUGUAGACAAUGAAAUGUUGGGUGGUAGGAGCGGAAGAAAAAGUGACUGGCUGGGUGAUUGGAGGGUAACCCAAGAGGACAGAAAGAUCUUACCAAAAUGACGGUUAGGUAUCUCGAAAACUCGUUCAUUGCCAUACUUAUCUGUGAAUUUACUAAGCCUUAUAAACUAACGAGUAAACAUGGGAUCACCAUGAGUCUUGUAUCACAAUGCAUAACACAUACAAGCCCUCUGAGAAUCGGCACUGGCGGUGAGCUCAAAUCUCUGUUUUAUUCCUCCAGUGAAAGCCUGAACCUGUGUGAACGGUCUCCAUAUGAACCAAGGGCUACAAGUUCAGGGCGGCACCUGCGUUGGUAUGCCACGAUGCAUUUUGAGUGGUCGACAUAUAUUGCAGUGGUCGGACAAGAAAUCGACUGUGUAUUGCCGAAUGUUUUACUGCACUGGUGGACACUGGAUGUAUGCAUCGGAAAUGUUGUCCAGUUGUUGUAACGAGAACUCGAGAUGGCUGGACAAACCAAGUAGAAUGUAUAGUGGAUUAGCAUACCUAUGAUGUAGACCGUGAUACAUAAAGGCGAUGGCAACACCAAUAAAGUUGUGAUGAGAAGAUAGAUAAGGUCGCUGUGGGUUUUUAUUAACCAUGAGUGAAAGUGGAAGAUCGAAUUUCUUCAUUCUGAAAGAGAAAUCCUAUCGCCCAUUGUCAUUCGUCAGGUCUGGAACUUUGAAAGUUGCACAAACUCCAGUGACACAUUUAUCCAGGUUUGAAGCCGCGAUAACAUCGAGCGACUGAUUCGAAUGACAUCUGAGAGUAAUGUAUGACUGUCCUCGUUCAUAUAUGACAGAGGGUAUGGAUGCUGCGCCCUUGGAUUCUACGUGGCGCGCCUAGCACAAGACGACCCCAGGAUGCCGUGAUCACCGCAAAAGAGAACAUUGGCAAGUAAUUUAACGAAGCAACGUUUCGAGGGUGCGAUAUGGAUGGAGAUCGCCGAGCACCACUUCGUCGUCGUCGUCGUCGUGCUUGUCAUGGUCGCGGGGCAAGUGUC